AUGAAGUUGAUUUUGGUUUUUGCUUUCGUUUUUUCUCUCGGCGUGUUGACGCUGUUGGCGGAAAGUAUUCCCCGGCAAGAAGACAGCCAAGCGCUCGUGUCAAAGCCGGAUGAUCCCUCGGUAAAUUACCGUUCUGAUUCGCAGAACAGAUUUAAGAGAGGAACCCACUCAGCUUUGUUGAAUAAUCACUGGACUUAAAGUCCUUUGAUCUGCUCGGUGAGCUUCUUUCUCGCUCGACGGACGCGGAAAAUAUCUGUUUGGAAGACGAUUUGAGAUCUAGAACUUUCGGAACAUUUGUUGUAAAAUUUCUUGCUUGCCUGCCUCUCCUAGGAUUUUCGAACGUCUAAACAAUGGUAUAAUUGCCCAUUUUUAACGGAUUUUUACCUUAAAAAGAUCACCUAGAAUUUUUCUGGCUGAAAUUUUCGAAAAGGUAAGUUUUGAUUCCUAUAAUUUACGGAUCACUAGACUUUCAGCUAGGAAAUCCGAAUAGAUGAAAAAAUUUUAGGGGAUAAAAUAUGCCUAUAUCUACCGUUUAAAUACUAAAAUACAACACGUAGAUAUAUUUUUUAGCAACUACUAUAAUUUGCAGUCUGUUUGAAUGUUUAAGUGGUUUUGAACUAUAUUCUCGUUGGGUGCCCCUGCCACCGCGCGAGUUCUCAAGCUAAAUCAUAUCUCUAACUUCAGUCGUUGUUUUCUCCCUGAGAUGAUUAUCGUAACCAAAAUUAAGCACGUAACUCAAAAGAAAGUCAAUUUAGCAUUCUAUCAUAGGUCCCAAGAAAAGUUUGAAUGCCUUGACUACGGACUGCUCUUUCGAGCUCUUUAACGCAAUCUACGGCGCUUGAACACCCAGAACAAUUCCACCGGUGCGAAGAUCUUUGAUUAAACGAACAUUCUAGACACCUCAGUUAGGUUUUGAGUACUUGAUAAAAAUGACCUAUAUUUAUUAUUUUUAGUAGCAUUUUGUAUCUUAAGUCCCUGAGUUCAUUAUGUAUAAUGGAACUUAGAAUUUGAAAAUGAUGACAUGAAGACUGAAUAGCGAGAUGUCAUUCAACAUCACAAUGACUGAUUUUUAUUCUCAACUGUUGUCGCCUAAAACUUCCGUUAUCCGAGUUUAAUAUCUAAAUGUCUUGAGAAAUCGCUUCUUAUCGGCAUAAUUACCAUCAACCGAAUUGCAAAAUUAAAUAAAACUGUUGGGAAAAAAAUUACAAGAGAGAUUAUCGAAUUAAAUUGCAGCCAGUUAAACAUCAAUCAGUUUAAGAGAAGUUACAUCUUAUUAUAUCUUGUUGCAGUUCGCUGGCGCAAAGUAAACAAGUGGCCAGUAUGUUUUGAAGCCAAAGGCAACCAGUUCGGAAGAUUUUACGUCCCGGGAGGAAGAUUAGGUGCCAUAAAGCUGGUACAUCUGUACGGAUACGUGUCCUGUUACGUUCAGCGCCCAUCGUUCUGGUCCUACUGGGGCUGUGGCGACAAUCCGUGGAUGGGGUUAAACACUCUAGUCAACGCCUUCAUCACAAACUCAAGCAAUAACAUUCUACUCCCGCCAAUUCAGUUAAGGAACAUCAGCGAGGGCAACUGGUACAGGGUUCCCGGAUAUAAUUCCCUCUCACCUGAGCUUGUUCUGCCAUUCUUUUCGUCUCCGAAAUUGGUCAAUUCCAACCAAGAAUUACGCGUGUGUGGUACGGUGAAGACUUGGCGAAUUUACCAUGGGAAGGACACAACGGAGGAAAAGUGUGCGCUGAUGUCUAUGCUCUCUUUGUGUGACUGA